AGAUAAAUGUACGCGCUUUUCGGAAUCCAGCUAUAAUCGCUGAUGUUACGUUGUUGCAUUUUAUACGUCUUGUGAUAAUUACGUAUGGAUAUUCAAAAGUAAAAAUGGAACAGGAUUUGAAAGCUAAAAUUGACCAAGCUUGUCGUACUGCAGAAGAUUUCUCAAAACUGUAUUAUGAGUCUUUAGACAAGCGGAGAUAUUUAAUUUCAAGAAUGUAUAUGGAUACUGCUACUCUGAUAUGGAAUGGAAAUGGUGUAACAGGCAAAGAUAAUAUACAAAAAUUCUGGACAGAUCUGCCACCUUCAGAACAUACUAUUCAUACUCUUGAUGCACAACCAAUAACAAGUCCAGAAGUAGCUAAUCAAUUAACAUUUCUUGUCAAAGUAUGUGGCCAAGUCAAAUAUGACGAUAAGAAUUCAAAAUCAUUUAAUCAAACCUUUUUAAUUACGGCUAUGGGUGAUAAGUGGAAAGUUGUAAGUGAUUGUUUUCGAGCACAAGAACUACUAGAGAGUAGUACAAAUUAGCUACAUUAAAUGUAUUAAUGAAAUAAAUUUAUUAUUUUA